GGGCGGGGCUCAGAAUGCUUUGAACACAGAUGCGGAGCGGCUCUUCUGCUCUGAGCGCCAGUGAGACGAACAGCACCAUGACUGCGAACGCAUACGACGUGAUUGUGAUUGGCGGAGGCAUCUCAGGUCUGAGUGCCGCCAAACUUUUGGUGGAGAGCGGCCUGAAUCCUGUGGUCCUGGAAGCCAGAAACCGUGUUGGUGGAAGAACCUACACUGUUCAGAAUAAGGAGACCAAAUGGGUGGAUCUGGGAGGAGCGUACAUUGGACCCACUCAAAACCGCAUCCUGAGGAUAGCCAAACAGUACGGUGUGAAAACAUACAAAGUCAACGAGGAGGAGUCUCUGGUUCACUAUGUGAAGGGCAAAUCAUAUCCAUUCAAGGGGGCUUUCCCACCAAUGUGGAACCCUCUUGCCUACAUGGACUACAACAACCUCUGGAGGACAAUGGACAAGAUGGGAAUGGAGAUUCCUAAAGAAGCUCCAUGGAGAGCCCCUCAUGCCGAAGAGUGGGACAAGAUGACUAUGCAGCAACUUCUUGACAAGAUUUGCUGGACCAGAGCUGCUCGCCGCUUUGCCACUCUGUUCGUCAAUGUGAACGUGACCUCCGAGCCCUAUGAGGUGUCUGCUCUGUGGUUCCUUUGGUACGUCAAGCAGUGUGGAGGCACUAUGAGAAUCUUCUCUACCACCAACGGAGGCCAGGAGCGCAAGUUUGCCGGAGGUGCCAAUCAAAUCAGCGAGGCGAUGGCGAGGGAGCUGGGUGACCGUGUGAAGCUGGGCAGACCUGUCUUUAGCAUUGACCAGACUGGAGACCUGGUGGAGGUCAGGACAGUUAAUGAGGAGAUAUACAAGGCCAAAUAUGUUAUACUUGCCAUACCACCAGGGCUGAACUUGAAGAUCCAUUUCAACCCUGAACUGCCCCCUCUGAGGAACCAGCUCAUUCAUAGAGUACCCAUGGGCUCAGUCAUCAAAUGCAUGGUGUACUACAAAGAGAACUUCUGGAGGAAGAAGGGAUACUGUGGCACCAUGGUGAUCGAGGAGGAGGAAGCAGCAAUUGGUCUUACUCUUGAUGACACUAAGCCUGAUGGGUCUGUGCCUGCUAUAAUGGGUUUCAUCCUGGCACGAAAAUCCAGGAAAUUAGCAGGCCUGACGAAAGAUGAGAGAAAGAAAAGGAUCUGUGAGAUUUAUUCUCGUGUGCUCGGCUCAGAAGAAGCAUUACAUCCUGUACACUAUGAAGAGAAAAACUGGUGUGAGGAGGAGUACUCUGGCGGCUGCUACACUGCCUACUUCCCUCCUGGUAUCAUGACACAGUAUGGCAGGGUCCUGAGGGAGCCAGUGGGCAGGCUGUACUUUGCAGGAACUGAAACAGCCACAGAGUGGAGCGGUUACAUGGAGGGGGCCGUGCAAGCUGGAGAGAGAGCCAGUAGAGAGAUUUUGUGUGCAAUGGGAAAACUCCAUGCGAGUCAGAUUUGGCAGUCAGAGCCUGAAUCAUUGGAUGUCCCGGCCCAGCCGUUUGUCACCACAUUUUGGGAAAGAAACUUGCCAUCAGUUGGAGGAUUCCUCAAGUUCAUGGGCGUGUCCUCAUUCCUGGCUCUGGCAACAGCGGCAGGAGUGGUCGCCUACAAGAAGGGGCUCCUCCCACAUAGCUAAAGCCCCUCCCACUUUCAACAACCUGUUCUCUGUGAGCCGGCCUUGUGAUUGUGGCACUCAAUCACCUAAUCACGGUCAUAACACCGCCUGGGUAUGUGGCCGAGUUUUGACACACAAUUGCUCAGUCAUUGUUAAAAAUUAACCAAGUGAUUAUUAUGGCAUAAUGAGUAGCUACUAAUUGUUAAUGUGGGAAUUGCCCUGUCAGAGAGUUCACAAACUAGCCACAUUAAAGGAAACCGAAGGUGUGACAUUCCACAACCACUCAUUGCGUGUGUGAGAGUGUGUAUGUUUGUUCACCAGUCUUAUCGAUUACCUCUGCUAAUUUCUGGUGCUGUUCUCAGGAACUCGUUAAUUAACCUUCCAAAAUAUUGAAGUAACAUUACAGCGAUUAGAUUAGCAUUUAGCGAUGCAGUUUAUUUUACUCUAUAAGACAGAAUUUGAGAAUAUCUUCUCUACAUCACAACACAUCACAGAAGCCGUAUUAGCUUCAGCACAAUUCACUAUAUCAUUCAUGAGAGAAGCAGAGGCUGUUCAUAUCACAAUCAUUCUCCAUUCUCAGCAUACAAUAUUAAAUGGCUUAAUGUGUCUGAUAGGAUGAUGAAGUGAAGUUUAUUAGCAUAGAGAGAUGAUUUGAAGGUUUCCCAGUGUUUAAUGUCAUUUCAAAAAGCUGCUGUGCGAUUGAAUCAGAUGAAAGCAUUUGAAUGUACUUUUACAUAUUAGAGUUUUUCAUGUAACAGACCAGUGUAUACUUGAAAUAUGAAUUUGUUUUUUGACAUGCAUUCUUUUCAAACAUCCAUUGUUUAACAAUCCUCUAAUGUAAUUAAAUGUUUUGUAGAAUUGUAGACAAAUUGUAGACAAAUUGUAGACAAUUUAUAGACAAAUUGUAGACAGUUUGUAGACAAAUAUAAAGGCUUUCCCAGUUUAUCGAAAUGGUUUAAUAGGGGUUUUUUUCUCUUUUUUUUCCCAUCUACCAACCUUGGAUAGAUAAAUAGAUAAAUAGACAGAUAGAUAGACAGAUAGAUAGAUAGAUAGAUAGAUAGAUAGAUAGAUAGAUAGAUAGAUAGAUACAGUGGAAAAGUGUACCUUCCUUCACCGUGUAGCAGUAACCUGUGCAAUAUUAUUUACAGAACAAUUAUAACAUUAUGUAUGGUGAUUCAUUAAAGUUUAUCAGAUUGUUAUGGUCUUCAGUUAUUUAAUUAUAUCUAGCAAAUAUAUACACUGCAGUUCAAAAAUUUGAGAUCUGUAAGAUUUUUAAUGUUUUUUUAAAGACGUUUCUUAUGCUCAUUAAGGCUUCUUUUAUUUGAUCAAAAAUACAGAAAAAAGUAAUACUGUGAAAUAUUACAAUGUAAAAUAACAUUUUUCUAUUUUAAUAUACAUUCAAAUCUAAUUUAUUUCUGUGAUCACAGCUGAAUUGUCAGCAUCAUUACUGCAGUAUUCAGUGUCACAUGGUUGCCAGAUUUUCACAACAAAACCCACCCAAUUGCUACUCAAAAGAAUUAGAUAUUUUGCAUUUCAAAGGGGGGUUCCCCAGUAAAAAUUCGCAUUCUGGGAGGUAAAACAUCACAUUAUUGGGGUCCCUUCAACCCAUGGACAUGAAAAACAACCUGCAGCAACGGUGUUAAAGUAGCCCGAUUCUGCUGGAAAACCAUGGACUUGGCAACACUGGUGACAUGAUCUUUCAGAAAUUAUUUUAAUAUGCUGAUUUAUUAUCAAUGUUGAAAGUAGUUGCUGUAGUAGCUGCUUAAUAUUUUUGGAGCCUUUUUUUCAGGAUUCUUUGAUAAAUAAAAUGUUAAAAAAAGAACAGCAUUUAUUUAAAAUAGUGUUUUUAUGAACAAUAUACACCACUGUUUAAAAGUUUGGGGUCAGUAAAUUUUUCUUCUUUUUUUUUUUUGAAAGAAAUUAAUACUUUUAUUUAGGUUGUUAAAUUGUUAAAAAUUGUUAAAAGGAUGUUAAAUUGAUAAAAAGUGAUAGCAAAGACCUAUAUUGUUAGAAAAGAUUUAUAUUUUGAAUAAAUGCUGUUCUUUUUAACUUUUUAUUCAUCAAAGAAUCCUGAUAAAAGUGUCACCGCUUUGCAUCACAGGAAUAAAUUAUAUUUUUAAAGUAUAUUAAAAUAGAAACCAUUGUUUUAGAUUGUAAUAAUAUCUCGCAAUAUUACAUUUUUUUUCUGUAUUUUUGAUCAGAUAAAUGCAGCCUUGAUGAGCAUAGAAGACUAGUUUAAAAAACAUUAAAUGUCUUACUGAUCCCAAACUUUUGAACGGUGUUAUGAAAUGCAUAGUUCAUUGUCUAAAAUUGCAAUUAUUGAAAAGGAGGUGAUGCAGCCCCAGGCAGAUUUGAAAAUAAAAUGUAUUAAGUGUGUAAACCCGAAGUGUGUAAAUUUUGUUGUUCCAAAGAUGCGUUGUAACUGUUGUUUGUGGUGCCUUAAUCUGAUGUAGUAUUCCUCAUUUCUCAAGUGCCUCUGUGCUGAUGAACUCCUCCAGUCUUGAACAUUGUCCUUGGGUCAGUCACUGGCUGCUUUAGGUGAUGCUUUCUAAAAACAAGAUUCAUUUACAAGAGUUAGAACCAGAAAUGCAUUGCAGAAAUCUGCACUGAUCUGCUCUAGUCUUCAGCAUAAAAUGAAAAGCUAUCACAACUGCAUCCUUAAGAAGCCACAGAUGACCCAGGACUGACAGAAUCAGAGGCAAAGCCACUCCUGACUGUUGACUAUAAUGUUUGAUAAGAAAGCUUUCUAUCUGUGACCUAUAUCUUGGAUAGAGUCUGGUCCACUGUGAACUUAGUAAUGACGUGGUGACACUUUUGUCCUGACAUGUUGUAUUUGCUGUAACUCCUCCACCUGGUGUGCUAGUGAAUUGUGCCUCUGUGUGUGUGUGUGUGCUGCUAAUGCUUUUCCGAAACCACAUAACAUGGCCCUGUUUACCAGAUCUGUCGUCGUCCGCUCCAGUUUGCAUAGCUGCCCUGCUAUGAUCAGGCCCUUUUGUCUGAUUUUUUGUGCAUAUCACAGUGUCCAAUGGUCUAGUCUUGUAAUUGCAUUAUUUGAUCUCUUUGUACAAAUUCAACGACUAAGCUGAUAAUAAAAGUGUGUUACCACCAGA